UGUUAAAUCUCGUAUGGGAGUAGUUUUACAACACCUUGGAAAGCGACAGAACUGCUUUUGAUUUUGACUUACCGCUGCUUUAGACAUCUUCCAAACAUAAGCGAUGUUUAAUGGCAAAUUCUUUGUUUUGCGUGUGCAAUCAUUUGCAGGCCUUGGACAAUUUGGGCGUGUGUGGAGGUGAUCGCAUGCCUCAUAUUACAAAGACUGAGGUCAUACCACUAUGCAUGCAAACCCCAGGUGGUCUCAUCUUUAAUAGAAUAGCAAAAACUGUCAAUGGCAACAAAACUCAUCAAUGUUGUUGUGGUAGGAGGUGGAAUAGCAGGCCUUACUGCUGCUGCAGAGUUAGCUGCAUUACAAAAUGUCAAUGUCACUCUUGUGGAGGCUGCAGACUACCUAGGCGGAAGGGUCAAACAAGUGAAGCCAUUUAAAGGAUGCAACUGGAUGGACCUUGGUGGUGAAUUUAUUCAUGGAGAGAAAACAUCUAUUAUGAAAAAUGCUACUGAGUUAGGGUGGGAGUAUGAGGAUUUGGGUUUGCAUGAAAAUUCCCCCAGUCAGUGUUAUGUAUUUUGUAAAGAUAGUCUUGUUACGCUGGAUAAAUCUAACUCUAUGGCAAUGGAGGCAAGAUAUCAUAUGGAAAUGUUUGAAGAAAAAGGAAGAAAAAUCAGAAAGAGCUUUUCCCAAGUAAUGUUAAAAUGUGAACCGUUGUUCACAAAAAUAUCUCCUCGUUCUGAUGAAGAGUCUCAAGAACAAACUGCAUCUAAAUUAGAGUCUGUAAGACAAAAAGAUGUUUCAUUAGAAGAUUAUUUAGGCCAACUUCGUAAUUUGAGUGAAGAAUGCAAGUCCUUAAUCGAUGUGCUAUACUGUCAAACAGAAGGAAACGACCUCAGUAGAAUUGGAAUGCUAGAGUUUAGUAGAAUGUCAGAAACUUGGCCCUAUGGCUCGAAGAAUUUCAGGCUGAAGCAGUCAUAUAAAGUUUUGCUUGAUCAUAUGAUCAGCAAGUGUUCGUCUGUUAACAUCAAACUCAAUUGGCAAGUAAAAGAGGUCAACUGGGAAGAAGCGAAACAACGUGUAAUUAGCAAAUCAAAUGAUAUUUUACUUUGCGACUAUGUCAUAAUUGCAGUACCUCUAACAGUUUUAAAAGAUGGCGAUAUCAGAUUUAGGCCGGGAUUUAGUAACAGCAAGUUGCAAGCUUUAGAGAAUAUGGAAAUGAGAAAUGGGUGCAAGAUGUUUUGUAGCUUCUCACAAAGAUUCUUGUUAUCAGAAAAUGCUGACGUGUACUACACUAGCUACGGACCUUUUAAGCAAAUCUGGAACGAGUCUUCGUACAAAGUGGAUGGGCAACAAAUACAUGUGUUGUGUGGAUUUUCAACAGGAUCAGCGGCUGAUGAUGCGGCCAACUGUGAUUCUGAGCUGCUCAAAGAUCAGUUCUUGGUUGAACUAGAUACAUUGUUUAGAACUCCAGAGAGACAAAAUCCCGCUACUGAAAGUUUUGUGGACUAUUUCUUUUAUGACUGGGGAUCAAACCCAUACAUUCGUGGAUGUUACUCGUCACCAGUUUUGAAAUCCUAUGGCCUAGCAGAGAAACUUGCGGAACCUAUAGGGGAAAAGCUAUUCUUUGCCGGAGAGGCUACGAACGCUCAAGGAGCAUCGUCUGUCGAAUCUGCAAUCGAUUCUGGAAAGCGAGUGGCUAAAGAGAUACUCCAGGUAUGCGGCUGGUAAAGAAAUUGAGUAUGCAUCUACCAUUCCCAAGACCAUGAAUAUUGUGGGUGACUGACCAGAUAUUACCGUAUUUAGAAGAGAGACAUUAUUAUUUCGUGUUUGGGACACUUUAAACAAAGAAUGGAAUGCUCGAGAUUUAUUAGCCUGUGUUCCAGACCCAACACAGUGUGCACACCCCUGUGUUACAAGCCUGCAGAAAGCUGUCUCCGGUGAAAAAUUUCCUGACCGGGAGCCCUCUUUUGAAUAACCGGAUGACCCGAGCAUUUAUAGAUUUUCCAACUUGCCCUGCAAGCUAAGAUUUUUUUUUCUCCUUUCUGUCUUAUGCUCUCACUUUGGUAUAAGCACACUUACCUAAUUGACCCUCAAUUAACUGUUUGAUCCGAGAACUGCCAACAUUAUUGCAACUUUUAUCUUCCAAGAAGAAUUGUGUUGCCCCCUGUCAUAUUUACCCGCUUUUCCCUAUUAACAACAGGUUCAUCUGGCUUGUUACAGAGGGGUGUAUGCGCUGGGGCGCAGUGGCUGGGGGGCAGGGGGGGGCAGCCGCCCCCCCUGGCAAAAAUUUUGUCGGAUUGUCGGAAAAUCCAACGUUUGUCGGAAAAUUUGAAAUAUUAGACAAAAUGUAAGGUUUUCAUCGAUCCUGUCCAAAAGGUCGCAUAUUUUUUUAAACCUGUUGUAAAAUAGGGCAUGCUCAACCCUUCUUACUUAUUUUCAUUAGAGUAUUUAUCGGAAUCAUCGCAUUGCUGAAAUUUGUAAAGGAAAUUAACGCUCUGGUCUCAGUUAUUUUAUAAACUUCCAUUUCCGACAGUUAAAAUUCAAGUCAGUUCAUUUCGAAAUGAAUUCGCUGGUGUUGUAGAAGACGCAAAAAGUUAUUAUUUUUGCCAUGACUUAGAAGAGGAAAAUUUUGUCGAGCGACGAAUACGCAGAAAGAAAAAGAUGCCAGGGGAAAAUUGCAUAGAUGAAUUAGAGGGAAAUAGGGAAUCCGUAUAUCAUUGUGAUAGUAGAUACAGCUAUCAGCUCAAUGAAUACAAGAUUCACGUCUCAGGCGAUUUUGACAGAUUUUGCCUUGCUCAACCCUGAAUGUUCUCAAAAAACAAUUGAAAGGCAGUUGUGUGCAGUGUAAUUCAAAAAGGUUGCGAAGAAUUACGGCCUUGAUGACGAAAAGUUAAGAGAUGAGUACAACUCUUUCGUCAAUGAUUACCGUAAACUUUGGAAAGUUAGAGAAAAGAGCAGCCCUCUCCCGGCUGCAGGAGAAAGAGAAAACUUUUCAGUUCCAUUCAGUUCUUCAGUUGAUGAUAAGUAUAACCUGCAAAGUGCCUUUCCACAGCUGGUCCUUCUUUACAAGGUUCUCGUCACUUUGCCAAUAGGUUCAACAAAGUAUGAAAGAGCUUUUUAAAGCUGAGGAUUGUAAAAAAAUCGGCUACGGUCAACGGUCAACGAUGGGACAAGACCGCCUUUCCUCUCUGAUAACAAUCAACGUCGAAAUGAUAUUUUACAUUUGAUAGACAAUGGUGACAUCAUCGAUUAGUAUGCUGCCACACCUCUUUUGAGAAAGAUGCUGCUUGAGUAGCAGUUUAUAUAAAUUUCAGUUAAAAGAAAACUAUUCUUUUGGACGCGUUAUAUCUAUUUAAGGUGUAGCAUAAAUAAAUGCAAAGUAAUUAUGAUGCGAUUUAAAAUUUGCCAAAAAACUUUUUGCUAUAAACAGCUAUAAACAUUAACCUGACAGUUUAUUGUCUAGUAUAGCGAGAAGACUUUUAGGGUGUAAAUUUAUAACUAGUUGCAGUUUUGUUUAUAGCGAUUUAUAUUUGGUAAGUUUUGUUAGAAUAAAGGCUAUUGUUGAACUUGAAGGUGUAUAACGAACGAUCCAUUCGUUAACGAUUUACAGAUCCAUUCGUGAUGCAAGUGUUGCAGUAUAUGCAGCAAGGGUAAUCUUUAAGGAAUGUAUUGGGAAAAAAUUUGUCGGAAAAAUCAUAGUUUUAUCGGAAAAUUUUCAGCUUUGCCCCCCCCAAAAGUUAACUCCCACUGCGCCACUGUGUAUGCGCCAAACUAGCAUGCAUCUUCAGAAUUGGGUCUGCGAUGCAGGCUAGUGCCGAACACGCAUGCAAUUUGAUAAUCAGUGUAGUUCAGCGUGUUGCGAAAAUUAACUUUGAUGAAUAAUGAGCAAAAAUUAAUAAAAUUAAAAAACGACUUUGUGCAUUAAAAAGAAAGAUAAGUACGACGUUUCGAGCAUAACUCUUCAAGGCAUUAAAUGUGUUGGUAAAGGAAUCAGCUGUUGUACAGAAUAAUAAUUGACACAUUAUAUUCUGUGGCGGUUAUGUUUUGCUUUGUAUGAACCAAGUAAACGGGAUUUUUCAAAUCUAAACAAUCUAGUUUUAAUGAAUGAAAUGUUUAGUGACAAAAUAUUUGUUUGAAAUAGAAAACUGUACGAGUACACAAUAUUCUGAUUACCUACAGUAUUUGAGACAUCAAAUACUUCUUUGUAAAUGAGUUUCGCUGAACCUGGGAUUCCGUUAGCAGGGGUCGCCAAAAAACGUCAAAACAGUAGCUUGAGGAUUGAAUUUCCCCACGGAUUAUUAGACAGGGAAUUUUUAACAACAAUCGAGCAAAGUGCCUAACCUUAGUUUUUGCUCUUGAUUUGGGUACUUUCAGCCUUGCUGAAUAUUUUAAGCCUUGGAUACAUUUUUGUAACACAAUAGAAAUCACGUGAUCGAUGACGUCAUUUCCCCGGGUCAUUAAAAUUUUUAAUUCUUUUUUUUGAAAAAUCGCUCCAACCAUCUUGUUUGGCAUUGUAAUAGGAGCAAAAAGUUCUAAAGAAUAAACUCUAUCAGACCUGCAGAUAACGAGUUAUUGCUAUUUAAAGUUUGCAUGACGUCAUCAAAAUGGCGGUUUUGUAGUUUUCAAGCACGUGGAAUUCAAAGGCUCAUGGUCAUAAUUUAGGUUGCUUUACCUCGAUUUUGAAGUUUUUUGACCUUUGUGUUAUUCGGCAACUCAAUAAUGUCAUUUGAGCUGAUAUAUUUGCACGCCUGGGAAACUAAGUAUUGAACAAAAUGCAUGCAAAAGGAAAAUAUUCUAAUAAAAAUUUUUCUUCAAAAAAGAUAUACUGAAGAGGAGCUUUCGUCAGCAAUGAAAGACCGUCGAUUCGUCAGCAUUGUCGCUCGGCAAU